AUGUGCGGGCGCACCGCCUGCUCCCUGGCCGCCGACAACCUCCGCCGGGCCUGCGCCUACCGCGACCGCCGGGGCCGCCGCCGCCAGCCCGACUGGGUUCGGGAGGAGCGGUACCAGCCCUCCUACAACAAGGGCCCGCAGUCCAGCGGCCCCGUGCUGCUCUCCCGCCGCCACCUCCACCAGGAUGCCGACUCCUCGGAGCGGGUCCUCAUGGACAUGCGCUGGGGCCUGGUGCCCUCCUGGUUCAAAAAUGACGACCCCUCCAAACUGCAGUUCAACACCUCCAACUGCCGCAGUGACACCAUGCUGAAAAAGACCUCCUACAAGGGUGCUCUCCUCAAGGGCAAGCGCUGUGUGGUCCUGGCCGAUGGCUUCUACGAGUGGCAGCAGCAGCAGAGUGGGGGGAAGCAGCCGUAUUUCAUUUACUUCCCCCAGACCAAGGACGCCGUGGAUGAGGGGACGGAGGGAGAUGAGGAGUGGAAAGGAUGGAGGUUGCUCACCAUGGCUGGAAUUUUUGACUGCUGGGAGCCACCGUCAGGAGGGGAAAUGCUGUACACUUACACCAUCAUCACUGUGGAUGCCUCCAAGGACGUGAGCUUCAUCCAUCACAGGAUGCCAGCCAUCCUGGACGGGGAUGAAACCAUCAGGAAAUGGCUGGACUUUGCUGAAGUGCCAACCCAAGAAGCUGUUAAACUCAUCCAGCCCACAGAGAACAUUGUUUUCCACCCAGUGUCCACCUUUGUUAACAGCAUCCGCAACAACACGCCCGAGUGUGUUGCACCCAUCGAGCUGGGAGCCAAGAAGGAGGUCAAAGCCACCCCAAGCAACAAAGUGUUGCUGGGCUGGUUAAAAAACUCCCAGGAGGGCUCUCCCCAGAAGAAAGAAAACGAUUUGCCCAAGUGGAAGAGUCAGUUCAUCCACAGCCCUUCGCCUAAGAAAACCAGUGCAGAUAUCCUGCAGCAGUGGCUGGGGAAGCAGGGAGAGCCAGCUGCGAAGAAGCACAAGGCUUAGGCACCAGCUGGGAUGGUUGGCCAUCCUUGAUCCGCUGCUCUAGGUUGUUGUCUCUGUUCUUUGUGUUUUGUUAAAAGUUGGUGUUUGUCUUUAAAGAUUUUGUCUUUGUCUUGUGCUGAUGGGAGUGAAUAUAACCUGCUGGCUUCCCUCCCUGCCAGUCACUCGUGCCAAACACAGAUAAAGCCCUGAGAAGCAUCUCAGUCUGCCAGGGAGGAAUAGCUUCUGCCUCCUGUCAGCGUUCGUAGUUCAGGUCUCCUUCUGUUUGCUUUUCUCUUCCCUUUUUUUGGUAUUAAACCGAUACCUCUUUUCCACUUAAUUCCACACUGAUUCUGUACAAAUUCCUUUCCAAUACUCUCUCCCUCAAAAGAUGGCUGCAGUACAGAGAAACAAGAUGUAAAUAUUAUAAGGAAACUCCAGGCUGGGAAGAUCUGCAAGAGCCAUCCCGCUCUGCACCAGCAUUGCCAAUACAUCCAUGGCUCCUAAACAGGGAGAUGUUUAGGCAGUGCCUGGGAGGAACUGCACUUUGCUUGGCUUUCCCUACGGGCAGUGGGGUGGGACAGUGUGUCUCAGUCACGUUGUUUGUACAGUCAUUUUGUUAAUGGGAUUUGAAGACUUAGAGAGGAUUUCCUUGAUCUGUGGAGGGAUGCACUCUGCCUUGUUCAUAAAGGUCAUUCAUUAAAGCCCAGAUAACCAAAGUGCCAUUACAGAGCAGCAUAGGGCAGCAUGUUUUUGAGGUCAGGGAUUUUGUAAACACAGCCAGAUGUUACAGACCGAAAGCCUUACACGGUGAAAUCCUUGCUGGAAAUCAGUACUUCCUUUGUAUUGGAAACAAUAAAAUGGGCUUCACUGGCUGACUGUG